GCAUAGUUUGUGCUUCAAUAGUGGAUAAAGUGUCGGUUCAUUGUGUCCAUCGAUAAUUGCAAUUACAAUUUUAGUUUACAAUGCCGCUAGAACAUCUCGAAGAAGAAAGCUUGGAGAAGAAUCCAAAUUUGGAGCUGGCACAAACGAAGUUUUUAUUAAGCCUGCCGGAACACAAAGAUGAUCCCUUUUUAAAGAAUAAGCUUUUAGAUGCCAUCAAAGCAGAAAACAUGGCACCAUUUUACGAAGAUGUAUGUAAAGAUCUAAGCUGGACUGUGGAUGAAACCCUUUUGGCUGAAAUGAAGGCACGUAAUAUGGAAAAGUUGAAAGCACUUGACGACGCUAUUGAAGAUGCCGAGAAGAAUUUGGGAGAAAUGGAGGUUCGAGAAGCGAAUCUUAAAAAGUCUGAGCACCUAUGUAGAAUAGGAGAUAAGGAAGGUGCUAUCUCUGCGUUUCGUAAAACUUAUUAUAAAACUGUAUCCUUGGGGCACAGACUAGAUAUUGUAUUUCAUAAUAUUAGGAUCGGAUUGUUCUAUUUGGAUCAUGAUCACAUUACGGCGAGCAUAGAAAAAGCUAAGAGUUUAAUAGAAGAAGGUGGUGACUGGGAUAGAAGAAACAGACUCAAGGUUUACCAAGGAACGUACUGUAUAGCAGUAAGAGAUUUCAAAGAAGCUGCAAAUUUCUUUUUGGAUACAAUUAGCACAUUUACAAGUUACGAGCUUAUGGAUUACAAUACAUUUGUUAGAUACACAGUAUACUUAAGUAUGAUAAGUUUACCAAGAAAUGAGCUCAGAGAUAAAAUCAUCAAAGGGUCUGAAAUUUUGGAAGUACUUCAUAGUAACCCGGAUGUGAAAGAUUACUUGUUCUCUUUGUACAACUGCCAAUAUGCUGAUUUCUUCAAGAAUCUCGCACACGUGGAAGGUUUACUGCGCAGGGACUAUUUAGUGUUUCCUCAUUAUCGAUAUUAUGUCAGAGAAAUGCGCAUUCUCGCGUACACACAACUUUUGGAAUCGUACAGAUCGCUGACACUGCAGUAUAUGGCAGAGGCAUUUGGUGUCACGGUGGAAUACAUUGAUCAGGAAAUAUCACGUUUCAUUGCAGCAGGAAGAUUACACUGUAAAGUUGAUCGUGUUGGUGGAGUAGUUGAAACCAAUAGACCCGAUAGCAAAAAUUGGCAAUAUCAAGCUAUGGUAAAACAAGGGGAUUUGCUGCUUAAUAGGGUGCAAAAAUUGUCGCGUGUUAUUAAUAUUUAAUUAUAUAAUGAAUAAAUCAUAAUGAUUCAAUAUCAAAUAAGAAAAUCUACUCAUUUGCGUGCUUCAAAUUCUUGUAGAUUAAUUUGUAACAUACUUAAGAUUAAUUUUGUAUCAAAGACCCCCAUUAUAAUUACUCAAUUAAUGGUAAAAAUACACAUUAAAUGUGAUUAUUCAUA